UCGAUUGCGAUAGGGGAGUUACUUGGCUGCCAUCUACAGGUCAAUCAGGGAAGUCGGAUCCAGGAUCGGCGAGGGCGACCCUGAAGCUUGUGCUGCAACGCUGCAAUUGCCUCGUAUGGUGCCAUGAGAGAGGGAUUUUGCGACGUCGAUACCUUGAUUAUGCUUGCCAAGGCUGGCAGUUGGAUGGAUGAGCGAAGGUUGUGUAAGACGAUAACAACAGGAUGUGCAUGAAUGUCGUGAGUGCCUUGGAUCUCGUAUUUGGACGCUGGACGCAGGGAUGGACGUGGAUGUGGAGAUGGUGUGAGUUGAGUGAUUCACAAGAGCCGAGGAUCGCUGAGGAUCAAUUGAUCUCUCGCUUAUACUUAAGCUCGCUUGUCCCAUGAGGAUGUGGAGAAGGACGAACUUCGAAGUUGAAUGAACCUGGGCUGAACAGCUAAGAGCGAACAUGAGUGCUACGCAGUUCUUCUCGACGACGCUCGGAAUAAAGUGGUCGAAAAGACGGAAUGAUCAGCUUACUACUGCGGUCGAAAAAGCCCUUACGAACACUCCUGUCAAUACCGACAAGGUCAAAUCCCACUACUCAGCCCUCCAUUCGUACCUCCACUCCCGGCGCUUUAUCACUCACCUCCGCUGCGCCAUGAACUUCACCCUCGACAUCAUCUUCAUCCUCCCGACGCCCAUAAACCACACCCUCGGCGGCCACGCCUUCCUCGUCUCCACGAUCGGGAAUUACCUCAUGCCUUCCGCCGCUGUCGGUGCGCAUAUUGUCUCCACGGUCAUAUGUCUCCUGGGCAUGCUCCUUGGAAUAGCUUAUACACAUUUGGUGGUGGUGUUUGCGGUCAGUGUUUCCAGUCCGGCGAGUACGGAACGGAAGGUUACGUUGUUUUUGUUGUUGUGUUGCGCUGCUAUUGGCGGUGCUUUGACGAGGAGCGUUAGUUCGAGGUGUGUGAGAGGUGUGUCGAUCUUUAUGUUGAUCAAUAUCUUUGCUUUGACGGAGGCGAUUGAUGCGAAGACGUAUACGUUUGAUGUGUUUACGGAGUAUGCGUAUCCGCUGUCGUGUGGGUUGGCGAUCAGUUUGAUUACGUCGUUGGUGUUUUUCCCACAGGACUCGUCGGUGACGCUGAGGAAGAACGUCGCCUCGACCCUCAACCUCACCGCAACAGGGUUCAAGGAUGUCAUCGAAACCCUCUUCGACGCCGACACAGAGCGCGAAGUCGGUGACAUUGCACAAACCCGUCGAUCAUAUGCCACAUUACGGACAACGAUGUACGAAGUCGGUUUACAACUCAUCUUCUCUCGCGUUGACCCAGCGUCUGUCUCCAAACUCAAGAAACCCCUCGGAGACUGCGUCGAAGCACUUGCCGGGCUACAUUCCUCCCUCAACACCCUCAAACUACGACGAUCCGAAGGCCAAUUCACGAAUCCAUGGCAAGACUCCACUUCGAAAACACAGCUACGAAUGGACCUGGACUGUCUCGCCCGCAAACUGGCGCGAAGGAAGGAGGAUGUGAUUACAGCAACUUCCUUCGCUUCCCAAACCCUCAAGAAAUCCGCCGAGUUGAUCGAUGCUGCGUUCGACUCGUACCCGACCCCUUCCGCGACUCUGACUUUCGAACUCGCAUCAUAUACGAAUGAACUCACCCAACUCUCACGCGCGCUGCUAAAGCAUACCGCAUCCUGCUACGGUCCCAUGCUCGAACAAGCCUUCGCGGAGCAUGCGGUCGAGGAUGUCCGUGCAUUCUGCGAGGGUGCACGAAGGGUGGCGGAGGUCGCGAUGGGUGUCGUGGAGGGGUUGGGAAAGAGGCGGACGGUGCGAAGAGUAUGGUUGCCGCAGAAAUUAAGAGAGGCGGGGGGUGCGAUUCGUGAGUUCUGUGGGGCGGAUAUGGGCGCCGUCAUGGAUCGGUGGUCAAAGACUCCUCUGCGGCGGGGUUCGGCUGUCUCGAACGCCUCGACAGUCACCGUCGUCGAAGUCGAACCUUUCGUCCCACUCCCCUUUCGGUAUUGGUUGUCGGAACUCUUGAGCAAGUUCCGGAGAAGCCGACACACACAAUACACCUUCAAAUUCUUCAUCGUGAUCGCAAUGAUCGCAGCACCAGCCUACAUCCACGAUUGGCGAUACUGGUACCACGACUACCGUGGUCAAUGGAGUGCAAUCGGUGCGAUUAUAUGUAUGGAGGCAAGUCACGGUAUGACAACCCGAAACUGUCUCUUCUCAAUCCUCGGAGCCCUCGUCGGGUCAACCCUCGGGUACGCCGUCUCCAAACUCGGCGAACUCGCACAGUCUUACGUCCUGGUCGGUGCACUCUCUGCACCCUGUGGACUGGGACUGUAUUACUUCAUCCUUGACCCGGUUUGGGCAAAGGGUAGUUUGGUGAGUGCGAUUGCGUUUAGUGUCGUUGUGGGCGUGUCGAGGACGAGUGCAGAUGCGGGGUUGAGUGUGGAGGGGAUUUGGGCGAGGAGGGCGGUUGCGCUGAGUCUUGGGCUGAGUAUUGCGUUUGGGGUGUUUACGUUGGUUAUGCCGCAGAGGGCGAGACAUGAGUUGUUGACGACGGCGUGUCGAACACUUGAUAGUUUGUCGCAGUUGUUUUCGGUUACGGCGCCGCAGGGGGAUGAGGAUUUGUCGAUUUCCCCGGCGAAGGUUGAGAGGAUCUCGAGUGUGGUGAAAGAAAGUCUUGCGUUCUCGGGGACCUUGUUGGAGGCGACGCGGUAUGAACCGAGUUUGAGGGGUGGGUUUCCGAGGGAGGGGUGGAAGAGGGUAUUGGGGAAAAUGAGGUUGGUGUAUGAGUUGAGGACGAAGAUGGAUCUGGACUGUCCGAGUUAUGAGGAGAGGAAUCAGUUGUUACUUGCGUUCUCACAGGAUUUCCUGUUGUUGUCCCACUCUCUCCACACCAAACAGCCAUUACCGUGGAACCACCAACCCCUCGUCACCCACGCCUACAAUGCCUACAUCUCCGCCCUCCGUGAAGGUCGUCAAGGCUGCGCAUGCCGUACCGCCGAAAUCGAAGUCUUCCAAGAAAUCAUCGACCAAAUCUCACUCCUCAACCGUGAUGUAGCCUCGAUAUUGCAGGAAGCGCUGAACCCGUUGAGUCAGGGGUGUUUGCCGCUGCAUGAUAAGACGCCGAGGAUGAUGUCGACGGUUAGUACUGCUGUUGGGACGGCGGUGAAUUCGAGGAGGGAAUCGAGGGUGCAUAGUUCGCAGGAUUUGAUGACGUUGGGGAGGUUGUCACAAGUACAAUCACAGUCACGGCAGGGGUCUAGAGCUACGUUGGCGAGUGGAGACGAUGAGGGUUAUGAGCUACAGGAACGGUCUCCGAUGGGUAGUUGCUGUGGGAGCGGGAGUGGGAGUGUACAGGUUUCGACGCCGACGGUGGAGGUGCCGCCCCGUGUGAAAGUUAGCAGGCCGGCGCGGACAGUGAGUUUUGAUCCGUCGGCAAAUAAAGGGCAGGGAAUGUAGAUUAGAUUAACGCAACUUGGACUUUAAAAUACAAAGUUGACAGCUCCAC